UGGGCAUUGAGGUUGUGUUGAUUGAUAAAUAGAUUCGGAUCUCGGUUGCGUUUUUAGUACUGGUACCUUUUGAGGUUUGUUGGUGAUGGAUAGUAGUUACUCCAGCAAGAGAAGAGUUGAAUCUCAGCAAGAAGAAGAGCACAGCACCAAGAGGCUUAAUGUCACCAUGGGGAUGGAGACCCUUGAUUGCUCCAUCUGCUUUAAUCCCCUCGAACAUCCAAUAUUUCAGGGCUCUGUGGGGCAUUUCAUAUGCUCUUUCCGUGGCAAGCAACUGGACAAGAAGUGCCCCUCAUGCUGUAUCAAAACUUCCUUAGAACGCCGCUUUGGGAUGGAACAUGUCGUUCAGUCAGCCACGGUUCCUCGCUCCAAUGCUAAGUAUGGAUGCGCCGUGAAGGUCAUCUACUACCAUAAAGAAGAACAUGAGAAGGCAUGUCCAAUACCCCAUGCUUCUGCCUAG